CGAGGGUAUGAAUAGAACAUGACUUGCAAGAUCAUGGGCAGCCCAUGUCCAUUGGUGAUUCGAAAAUAUAUAAGACGCACAUGAGCGCCGGCUUCAUCCCAUCACGAUCUGUUUGUUAAGCAAAGCGAGCACUAGCCUUGUUGCCAGUCACAAGCACGGCUUAGUUUGCAGCCUUCCCAUCUAUAUCCUGUUAUAAGCCGGCGUCUCGAGACCCCGGAUACUCCUCGCUAGUUUAGUCCGCAUACAUACAUACGUACUAACGGGCAGGUAUGGAGCCUCUCCACACGCUUGUAACGACGGCGCUGCUCUUGCUGGCCGCCGCUCGCGCCACGGCAGCGGAACCCCCACACCAUCUCCGAAGAGCACAGGAUCUCACUGUGCCCGUAAUUGCGGCAGACUUCCCCGACCCUUCCGUGACCCGGGAUGCAGAUGGUACUUGGUACGCCUUCGCGACCUCGCACGACAACAAAAAUAUUCAAGUGGCGAGAGCAACAGAACUCCGAGGAGAGUGGACCCUGCUGGGCAUCGAUCCCCUUCCCCGGGCAGGUUCCUGGGCCGAAGACGGCAACAGCUGGGCGCCCGACGUACGCAGAGUGCCUAGUGGAAAGUACGUCAUGUAUUAUAGCGGCCAGACGAAAGUAGAUCCCUCGCGCCAUUGUGUUGGUGCCGCAAUUGCAGAUACGAUUACCGGGCCGUACAUACCCCGGGAUGAGCCACUCAAUUGCGAGCUCGCGCGGGGCGGUUCGAUUGACCCUGCCGGCUUCGAGGAUGCGAACGGCAGGCAAUACGUCGUGUACAAGAUCGAUGGGAAUAGUAUUGGGCACGGAGGUAGCUGCCUCAACACCGUGCCCCCUAUCGUUCCCACGCCGAUCCAACUGCAAGAGGUAGAACAAGACGGCGUGACAAAGAUCGGAGAUCCAGUCACGAUUCUCGACCGUGACGAUGCGGAUGGUCCCUUGGUUGAGGCACCUGACUUGGUGCUGGACGAGGAGGAGGGAUUAUACAUCUUGCUCUACAGCGCCGGGUGCUAUCUCGAGCCGAGCUACAGCGUCAACUACGCGACGGCAACCAAUGUGACGGGUCCGUUCGAGAAAGCGCAGCGUAGAUUAUUCAGAACCGGCGACCGCGGAUUCCAAGCCCCAGGCGGUGCCAACGGGGUGAGGUCGGAGGAUGGUGUCACGCUGGUCUUCCACGCGGGCUGUCCCGAGGGGCGCUGCAUGUUCAUAGCCGGCACGGUCGCUUCUGGUCGGGAGCUUUGGGUUGAGUGAGCCGGCGGCGGCGGGCCGGUUAGGGCAUACACGCGUGCCAGAGCACGGAGAACACGGCAG